AUGUCCGUCGCUUCCCAUGAUUCUUCUCAGCUUCCGUCUUAUUACUUCUUCCCUCUCCGCCCUGUCUCUUCCCAAAGGUCUCAGUCUCAGUCUCAGUCCCAGCCUCAGCCUCAGCAAGAAGUCCCAUACCUACAGUACCCCAAUAUCAACAACACAUACGCCCUUGACUCUUUCGACGUCAACAACAUGGCCGCUGCAACUGCUAGUCACAGGCGCCCCCAACAAGACGACGCCAGUGUCGCGCAGGCUCUUGAGAUUGCUCGUGAGAGCCCUGAUGGCUCAUCAGACCCUACUAUUAGCACGAUACUUGAGGCUGCUCUGAAGCGAAUCUGGAAGAAGGUGGAAAUGCAUCCCAACUCAUAUGUCAUGACUCGAGAUGAGUUCGCUGUCUUCAACUUCUUUCAGGAACGCUUCAUCGACAGCGAUGCUGCAGUGAAAGCUCGAAAGCGAUACUGGGACAACACUCAUGCUUGA